ACUCAAUUCAUAUUUGCCUGUACAUAUGGAUUUGACCGUAGAAAGGUCAUCGCCAGUGUUGACGCCGCGCAGCCGCGGACUGUUAACCAAUGUAAUUAGCCGAUUUAAAGAACAGCGGCGCGGCUAUCCCUUGGAUAAGUACGCCCCAACGAUGCUGCGAAUUGAGUCCUUUACAGGCACAGAAGUCGUCAAUAAUGAAGAGGUUUGCGCAACUGAACAUAGUCCCAAGCGCUUGUUCAAGCUUGCAGUGACAGACAAUGUCGAACAACUGGAGCAAAUUUUUAAUAAACAACGAAAUUUGGUGUACAUCAAAAACGAGGCCGGCAAAAGCCUCCUGCACGUAGCUGCAGAGCAUGGAAAGCCGCUGGUGAUCGAUUUGCUAGUUCAGAAAGGAAUUCCUGUGGAUGUGAAAGAUGGUGAAGGUGAAACUAGCCUCCACAUGGCGGCCAUGAAUAAUAACAUGAAAGUAGUGGAAACGCUAAUUGCCCUCAACGCUGACCUUUACGCCAAAAACGCCAUGUUGGAAACGCCGUUACAUGAAGCCGUUCGCUUCGAUGCAUUGGACGCCUUGGAGGCGCUUCUUCGUACCAGUACUCGUGACAUCAACAUCCCUGGCUGGCACGGACGUACGCCACUCCAUAUUGCGGCUGUACAGGAUUAUCUGGAAUGCUUUAAACUGCUAGUGGCUUAUGGAGCCAAAAUUAAUUUUGGCUGCUUUAGCAAACUGACUGCCAUUCAUGCCGCAUCGGCUAGUGACCUCACGCAUCGAUUCAACGGCACGAUUUACAGGUUCGGUACUACAUAUUGGUGUCUACGUGGUUAUGUUUCUGCAUAUACUCCGUUCACUUUUACGCGCUUUCUUCGUCUUCGCAUUUUUGCUUGUGGGGUUCGUGCUGGCAUUCCAGAUUCUGCUGCCGUCGUUCAUAUUUCCAAACGACCAGGAUUAUUACUUGAAACCCGGUCUUGUCAUCGACGUAAGCACUUUGACGACACCGCAUCGGAAAUUCGGAUACUCAGUUUUGCGAAUUAUAAAUAUGCUUUUGGGUAA